AUGGCCUCCAGCCAAGCAGGUCCCUCCAAUACCAAACCUACCUCGGUAUCAACUCCCCAAAAUGCGCCAUCUCUUCUAUUGUCAGAAGCUCUCGGUUUUUCCCCUCAGCUUCUACUUGACGAUAUCAUCAAUAUAGCAAACAACGCUGUGCAAGACGGUGUCAACGGGAUGGAAGAAUUUUUAGAGAAAUGGGCUGAUGAACGCGUAGCGGCCUCCGAAGCGGCCUCUGGAUCAGGGGCAAACGCGCGCGCAAAGGCCGAUGCUGAUGCUGAGGCCACCAUUCAUGAGGUUGAGCAGGGCUUAGUCGCGUUUCAAACCCUCCUAGAGUAUCACACCGACAUAGCUUUUGACUUCUUUGAGGCGUGGUGUAUGCGGAAUAUUUUUAUGGUCCCGAGUGACUUGCCUAUUGUGCUCCCGCAUCAGCAAGGACUUGAUCUCACGGUUACUCCAGAGCAAGAGGUGGAGGCUAUGGAAGAGGUAGAAGAACUGCGUAAAAGGCUCGACGGGCAACGGAAACUCAAUCGACUUCUAACGCGUGCGAUACGCACGUCUUCGCGUCAGUUGGCGCGUGCCGAAUCACGAUUAUCCCAACUUUCUUCUCUAUCUGUACCAUCCACCUUUGACGACCCUGGGAGCUCAAGCCUCGAUAAAUUGCACUCCAUCCCCCCAAAGUUCCUCCAAAUGUACACAACCAUGUCAUCUUUGCCUCCGACCGACACCAUCACACCGCCGACAUCAUCAGCCGGCACCACGACCGAGGUAGGCAAGCGCCAGUGGGAGACGAGCCAUACCGGGUAUGUGAACUGGGCCCUAAGUCGAUUGGUUUCACGGACAGCGAGGAGUGGGACAUCGACAGUCGAUGGAGGUGGAGGAGGUGCGUCCACAGUGGCUGUGGACAGGCUUGAUGCUAUGGCGUCUGAGAUUGGGACUGGGGAUAGCCUCCGACGAGCACUGGAGGCGGUGGGAAAUGUUGACCAGGCAUUGUCGCAGGUUGAGCAGCGAGAGCAACAACAGAGACAGCAACAACUUUCCCCAAAGGACGAUGACGAAGACGAUGACAGAAUGCAAGAGUAG